GCUGUAGACUGACUGCUGGCAGUCGGUCAGUUGCCUUUAAGUUGUGCACAAUGAAGCUUCUAUUGGUGGUCUGUGUCUCGCUGGCUCUAUACCUCGUUCCUGGCCAGGCGAGCGCCAUUCGUGGCAUCCGCGAUGCCUCGGCGGAUGUCGCUGCCGCUGAUGCUGCUGCUGCAGAUCACGCUGACGUUGCCCCUGGCGCCGACUCCAAUGAGAACGAACUGAAUAUGGACACUGAGGAGUCGGAGGAAGCGGUCACCGUGCCGCUGGGCAUCGUGUCCAUCAAGGCCCGCGUCAUAGCCAAGGAUCGGGCGCUGUGCCAGCAACUUUCCCCCCAUCAUCCGCACUUUCCCAAGUGCCACGAGUACUGCAAGCGGCAGGAGCACUGGAUAGGACAGUGCUGGAGGGAGAGCUGUCACUGCAUAUCAUAGGAUAACUGUAUCUGUGCCCAUUUAUCUGUCAAUAUAUUUGUAUGUACUUGUGCAACUCUCUUAGCUGUA